AUGGGAACAAAUAAUUCGAAAGAAACUUCCAAUCUAACAUUGAUUCAUGCUGAAAACAAGAAUCCGUCGAUGAUAUGCAAAUCAUUGGUUAACAAUCAACCGAACUACUAUUGUGGAUGGCAAGAGAUCUGUCGAUGUUCGCACGCUGACUGGCUUCAUGGGAAUGCUGAAUUUUUUGGUUUCGCUCCACAUAAGUUCAUCUGUAAUUCGGAACUUCAUAGUGUUUGCGCACCUGGCUUUUGUUCCGAAUCAUUGUCUCAUAAACUUCAUCACGGUUCUAUUCGUUCAUCGUCAAAACGAUUUCAAUCAUCAACAUCGAUUAGAAGCAAAAAACUGCGAGAACAUUUCGAAUACAAUCACAUUCCUGCAAUGAUCAGUUCAUUACAAAACUAUUCCGUUCAUGGCAUUGUCAACGGUUGUUCAGUAUCUGGUUUAGAUCAUGGUGAUACAAUCAUGUUAUUGAUCUAUUCUGUUGUAUUAGAAAAAACGAAAUUUAUCAUUGUGGAUUUGAAAUUAAAUCGUUAUGUUUGUGCAAUAGGUGAUGAUUAUAAUGGUUUAAUUGACGCUAGGAAAGUACAUGCUGCUUGCUCGAUGGAUCGAACACAAGUGAUUGUACGUGUACCUCUUACCGGUGGCGCAACUGUUCUUGAUUUUUAUAAAAUUGUAAAAAAGGAAUCAAAAUUAUACCGUCGAAUCGUUCCUGUUGAUAUCACUACUCAAUUUCAAUUUUGUCCUAAUUAUUGGUCUUCACGUUUAGCUUUCUACACGUAUUCAAGUGAUACACCAGCCAGACUAAUGAACUAUACUAUAUCAAAUCUACCACAAAGUGGAUCAACGAAAACUCCAAUUCAAACAUUACCAUUCACUCAACCGUUUCAUGGUUCAUAUCUUUGUCUAGUGAAUGUACAUACAUGGUCGAUAUCAAAGAAUCAAAGUCUUCUGAUCGAAGAUGGUUUUCGUCUUCUCUCCCUUGUUUAUACACCAGAUAGUGUAUAUUUGAUCUUGACAUUCGUCGAUAAUUUAUGCCAUUGUGGACAAACAUUACCCAUCAGUUAUUUUGAUAUUUAUCAUGGAAAUACGCUUCAACGUCUCCAGCGUAUAUACACUCAAUUAGUCACUCAUGUUUGUCCGUGGCAUAUGUGUCGAAAUCCAUUGACGCCGAUAUUUUCUCGUUGCUCAUCACGAAUGGCAUUCUGUACGACGAAAAAUAACGGCGGAAGAGAAUUGCAAGUGUCAGUCAUUGUUCUGCCGAAUGACCUACUUUUGAAAUCAAUCUGUCGUCGUACGAUCAUUCAUUACCUAAACAAGAUUCAUGGUAAAAUCGAAGAUAUUACCGGUGAACUUCCAGAUCGUCUCAAUCAAUACAUUCAAUAUCGACCUGAGUUUCAAUAA